UCUCACGGAGGGGAACACUGGCUGCCCGACCAGUCACACUCGCAGCCAUGGCAUCUGGACGCUGCUUUGUGGCCUUCCUCAUCGGUUUCUUUCUGACGGGUGGAGUAGAAACUCAUCCAGCCUAUGAGUCUCUGAAGCCUCAAAGAGUAUAUUUUCAGUCCCGAAAUUUUCACAACAUUUUGCACUGGCAGCCUGGGAGGGCUUGUGCCGGCAACAACAAUAUCUAUUUUGUGCAAUAUAAAAUGUAUGGACAGAGACAAUGGAAAAAUAAAGAGGACUGUUGGGGUAUUCAAGAAUUCUUCUGUGAUCUUACCAAUGAAACUUCAGACAUAUGGGAACCUUAUUACGGGAGGGUGAGAACGACGUCGGCUGGGAUCCAUUCGGGCUGGACCAUGACACGGCGGUUCACUCCCUGGUGGGAAACAAAAAUAGAUCCUCCACUCAUGAAUAUAACCCAAGUUAAUGGAUCUUCAUUGGUGAUUCUCCAUGCUCCAAAUUUACCAUAUAGAGACCAAAAAGGAAAAACUGAACCAAUGGAAAAUUACUACGUGCUGGUAUACCGAGUCUUUGUAAUUAACAAUUCACUACAAACGGAACAAAAGGUAUAUGAAGGAAUUCAAAGAGUUGUUGAAAUUGAAGCCCUAGUACGUCACAAGGGUUCCUGUGUGGUGGCUGACAUAUAUCAGCCCAUGUUAGACAGAAGAAGUCAGAGAAGCGAAGAGAGAUGUGUGGAAGUUCCUUGAAGUGGCAUGGAAAGCAAAGGCCCCUGAGAACAGGACGCUCAUGGCUGGAGGAUCUCAUUGACAGGGGUCUUUACGUUUUUUUAGAGCAAUGUUCACCAUUAUACUUUAGGAACUUCUGUAUUUAGCCAUUCUUUCUUUAUAUUUUACUUAUAGACUAAAUUUAAGCAACACCCCCAUCCACACAAGAGAAAGUAGGAUUUAAAGAAGAGGCAGAGAAUAAAGGGCUCUAUGCAAUACAGAACUUUAUUUCUGAAUGUAACAUCCCUAACAACAAUCUUUACUCUUCUGAGACAGCUAAACAAUUUAAGAACCAAGGAAAAGUAGGCCUUUAAUGAAAUAUUGUUAGAUUAUUAAAAAGUAGCAUUAAAAACUGAAGCAAUCUUGAAGCACACAUAUUUCAUUCUCAGUUGAGUCAGUUAAAUUGACACAGAUGUGCCAAUUUUUACAUGAAUGAAUAUUUCCCACACAUUCCUAUGUUAUGUGAAUAUGCUUUUCCAUAGUAACUUUUUAGUAGAAAAUAUUUCUACUUAAUGAAUCAAAAUUUCCUUUUAAUUGCUAUUCUGUGUAAGAAUCGUAUUUGAAAAACCUCUCAUGAUGUCUGGGUUAAUAUCCAGAUUAAGAUAUUAGCAAUAACUGAUAUCUUACUGAUAUAUACUGAAAAACGCCUGUUCUGUACAAUUCCCCUCAUUACUACACAUUCUCUUUAAGGUUUUCUUUUCUGUUUUGGUUUGUUUUGCUUUUUAAUCUUGCCUUAGAAGAAUUUAUCCUUAUCAUCACAAUCGGGUAUCAUGUUUUUCAGCAUCAAAGUAAAAAAUAAAACUUAGCUCCAGUUUAUGCCACAUUCCCUACUCAACCCUCCUGGCAGAGGGUCUCUUGCUGGUGGGAGCUUUAUAAUCUUACAUACAGGGAUUUUACAAAUGACAGUUUGAGAGGCAUAGGGAACCAGGCAGAGAAGUUGGUUUGAAAAUGAAAGCACACAGUGGGUAGUAGGAGUUGUUUGGGGGAGAGACUGGUGAUGAUGAAAUCUACAGGGCCAAAGAAGGCUCACCAAUGACCUCCCAGCAGCCCCAGGGCCCGCCUGAGUAAAGGUCUGAGGCUUAGGGCUCUGUGUGUCAACAGAAAGCUUCCUUCUUCACUUUGGGCUUAGUCUUGUAUAUUUAUUUAAGGUUAUCUUUCUUAUGAAGAGAUAUAUAUUGAAGAAUAUGUGUACAGUUCCUCAUGAAAACUGUUACAAAAUGACAUAAAAAUAGAGUAAGUGCUUCUGGUUAUACAGAAAUACAUGCAAUACUAAAUGGAUUAAAAAUGAUUCAGAAGUGCAUAGAGAGAGAGAGUUAGAGGCCUAACAAGAUCUGGAGAACUGGUUUUAUUGCUUUCCCACAUGGUCAGAAGAAAUGAAAUUGAGCAUAGGACUAGAGACAAAAAUAAAAAUUGCUUUCAUCUGUGUUUUUCGAUGAUAUAUAUAUAUUUUUUUUUGCUUAUGAUCUUUUUUUUACCUUUUGUCCUUUUGAGGGAGGAUUAAGAGCAAUGGAAUGGAUGGGGAGUAAGGACUGUGCAUGGCCAACAGCAUUUGUGUUUAUGAAAUUCAAUAGUCUAAAGCCUGAUUUAAAAAAACAAUUAUGGUUCCCUCAUGAAAGUUAUCAGGUAACAUCAAGUUUUGUUUAUUUUGUUUGUUUUGCUUUGAUUUUGCUUUCAUGCUCAGGCAAAUCACUGAGAAACACUUAGGCAAGAAUAAAAUACUUACAAAAAUG